AUGUCCGGAACAAUAAGACAAUUAGAAGAACGUCAACUGGCUACAGAAGUAACAAUAAUGCGUUGGUCACCUAAAAUGGAUCUUCUAGCUGUAGCUAAUAAAAAAGGUGAGGUAUCACUUCAUCGUCUAACAUGGCAACGUGUCUGGCUAGUGAGCCCGCCAGAAGAAUCAGAAACAAUUUCAAAUUUAUCGUGGCAUCCUGAAGGUAAAUUGUUGGCUGUAUCAUAUGAUAAUACCAAAGUACUUCAUUUGAUUGAUAUUGAAAAUAAAAAUAUAAUACAUAAACAGAAAUAUAAACCAAAUAAUCAUAUAACAUGUAUGUCCUGGUUGUCACUAUCUCAGCAAGAUUCAUCAAACGACAAUUUCAAACAAUUAAAUUUACAAAUAAAUGAUGAAAAGUCUUCAAUAACACCAACUGGUCCAUACUUGCCACCGUUACCAAGUUUGAAUCACACGUUUACGCAAGAGUCCGGACGUAAGGAGUUCUCAGUUAAAUCUCUUGACAUACUAUUUUUGGGUCAUGAAACUGGUGAAAUAUCGAUGUAUGUAUUUGGUAUGUUUUAUUGUGGGAAAUUGAAAAUUUGCGAUGGUGUUGUGUCAGAGAUAACAGGUGGUUGCGGCAAUCCAAUUUGGGUGAGCUGCAGAGUUAACGACAGUAAAACAAUAAAAGUAUAUCGAUUAUCGUGUUCUUUAUUGGAGAGCAGCAGAGCAUUUUUAAAAAUAGCUCAAAUGCAAGCACAAAUAGAUUAUUUGAUGGAUUAUUUAUCGCAAACAUUGAUGGCCAUUUCUGAGGCUUGGGAAACUAUUUUGCUGGAAAUGGAUGAGAAGUUAACCCGCUACGAAGACAAUGAACCACUGGGUACACUAGCUGCUGAUUUUUUAGAAUUAUUAAUGAUUGGUAUUUCUUCAAGUAAAUUGGCUAGCUUUUUACUGCAUGAUUUGUCGGAUAAAGGGUUGAAGAAAUUAGCACACAGUAUUGAUAUUUGUUAUGGUAAUAUCCAGAAACUGGUGAUGAAACAUUUGAAUAGUGUCGGUAUGGCAUUAGCUUAUCAACUUGGAGAAAUGCAAGGCAUGGCGAGAUUCGGUGGUGACUAUAAAGCACUAGGGUUGGAAAAUGAUAAACAACUAACAAUGGCAUUACAUGCAGUUGAAACAUUUCUGGCUAAGUCGUCUGAAAUUGAGCAGGUUAUUGAUCAAAGUAUGAAAGAAUAUAAAUCAUUUUUCAGAUGGUUGUACGUUGAAAUAGCAAAAUUGACCGACGAAAAAAUACAACAAGAUGCAAGCAAAAUAUCACAACAAGAAUUAACAUUUAUUGCGGAAUUUUUACUAAAUUUUGACACUAGCAAAAAUACGAAAGCCAACGAUACAAUGAACCAAAGUGCGAGUACAUUAACUAUAAUUGAUAAUACCAACGCUAGUACCAGCAAUAGCAAUAACAAUGACAUUGAUAAUAAUAAUUCAAGCACGGGACGACGGAAAGGAGUAAAUUUAGAAAAAUUAGGACAGUAUUUACGCCGAGAGCCAUUGAAAAUUCCAUUAUCCGUCGAAGGUAGUGAAUGGGGUGCUAUGUUACAAGAAAAUAAAUGUUUACUCGAGCAUCCAUUAAUUAUCAAGCAAAAUUUGAAUAUGUCACUUUUACAAUCUUAUGAUGCUGUUGUUGAUGCUAUUGAUAAAGUAUUUCUUGACGCUUACAAAGGACUGGUGAAUCAUUUCAAAAACAAUUCCAUUGAGCUUACCAAUAAGUCACACAAAAAUGAUAACAUCAAUUACGAUCAUAAUCAUGACAGCAUAUCUUCACAAAUUGUUGAUGAUAAUGGUGAACUUUUUCUUGCUACUACCGAUAGCAAUGGUAAAAUUUUGAAAAUUUUUAAAAUAGAAGCUUAUGAGUGUGAUGAUGUUUAUCGUGAAGACUACGAUAAUGAUGAUGAUGAUGAUGAUGAUGAUGAUGAUGAUGAUGAUGAUGAUGGUGAUGAAAAGGUAGAAAUGGAUUUUAAAGUUGCAAUGGUUGAUUUGGAUAAUCGACAAGAUUCGUUCUCAAAAACCUCAACUGAUUUAAAGAUAGUGGAUUUACAGUUCUAUUCAACAAGUUACUUGAGCUUAUUGGUAUUAAAUACAAAUAAUAAUACUACUUGUUUAAUACAGUUGCCAAUUAAAGAAGACAAGUUAUUUGAUAAUACCGAUGAGAUCAUUUAUUCUAUUAAUGAUUUCAUUGGGAGUAAUUUACCGAAAUCAUUCAAUGGAAUAACGGCUAAUAAAAUUGUUGUAUCAGGACAACGUAAAGUCGCUGCUGUUUUGAGUGAAAAUAAUCGUAAGAUUCGCUUACUAGAAACUGAAGUUGAGCCAGAUGAAGACGAUGACGAUGAGGAGGAUGAGGAUGAUGAUAAUAAUGAUAACAUUAACUUAUCGAAAAGUAUUAAGAGCGAUGAUGUCGACUUCAAUGAUACACGGGAAGAUGUUUCUAUGGACAUGUCUAGUGCUCAUGAAAAUUUAUUGUAA